AUGGCUGCCGCCGCAUUCACUAUUGUCCGUGACUCAUAUUCCGGGAUUGUGGCUCACCUGAGAUGGUUCACUUCCGCUGCCGCAUUGGUGAAUAGGGAGGAUCGUACAGAGGCAUUGUUGGAUAGGCAUGAGAAAUGCCCUACACGACUCAAGGAGGUGGAGGAACAUUAUCAGCGCUUCAUCUCACAUCUGGAUGAUGUACCUCUGGAGUCAUUCCCGGAGCAUCGGCGGGAACAAGUCCACGAGGACUACACCCAGAUUAUGAACCUGGCCGACGACAUCGCCCAACGCGCGCGAGAGGUUUUAGCCUCGCGUGCCGGAGUACCGCCUCACAGCGCUCCAUUGAAAACUCCCGUGGGCCUUUUGACAAAGCUACCCAAUUUAGAUCUUCCACGUUUUGAUGGUCGGUUAGACACGUGGCUGGGAUUCAUUGGAUUGUUCGAGAGUCUUGUAGAUUCUAGGGACGAUUUGGGCCCGUCUCAAAAGUUGGCCUAUCUGCUCUCUGUGCUCGAUGGAGAGGCGAGGGGCUUAGUGCAGCACCUCCCCAUACGUGACGGGAGCUAUGAAGUCGCGCGAUCAUUGCUCACCAAGCGCUACCACAAUGAGCGCUGCCUGGCCGAUGCCCAUAUCGACCAGAUUAUGGACCUUCCCGUCGUGAGCAAUACCGCCCAGUUGAGGACCGAGCUGCUCAACCCCCUCCUAAUAGCCACUAACUCUCUCCACCGCUUGGGACUGCCGGUUGCCCAGUGGUCUUAUUUACUGGUGCGUAUCGUACUUAAGCGGCUGCCGGUGUCCUUGAGGGCACGCUUUGAACAGGGGCACGCUAGGGAUGAGGCUUCUCCUCUCCCUACUUUUGAACAGCUCCUGACCUUCCUGGAGGACGAGUGUCGCAUGGGUGACGUUAUGGUCGCCUCUACACCGGUGGGAGCAUCAAGUCCCAGACCCACCAACCAACGUCGCACUGCUCAAACUGCGCCAAGGGGAAAAAUGACUUCCCGCUUUGCUGUCGCUCAGGCCGCACGACCGGACUGCCGAUUUUGUAAGUCCCAGGGGCACAAAACGGCGAAGUGCCCGGAAUUUGCAGCGCUGCAUGUGGCCGCUCGUAGGCGGAUUGCUCAGGCCCGAGGCUGGUGUUUCUCAUGCCUAGGGGACCAUUAUCAGCGCGCCUGCCCCGACACGCACCCGUGUCCUGUUUGCAGAGGGCAGCACUUGAAACUGCUGUGUGCCAACGCGAAUGGCCGCCGCGACCACGCGGGGUCGCCUUCGGGCGGGUAUGUGAGCGGACGCCGGGACCAGUUCCGCAGUAUUGAGUCCGGCUCAUCCCCCACACGCCGCGCAGAUUGCGCUGCCGUUGAUCGCCGACAUGGUUCGGUGCGCAGCCCCACGGGCGGGUAUGUGAGCGGACGCCGGGACCAGUCCCGCAGUUUGGAGUCCCGCUCGCCCCCCUUGCCCACGCGUGACCAAUCAAGGUCACCUCAGGUCGUGUACCACGAUUACUGUGAUGCAAGUCCGGUACGACUGCCAUCCCCCCCUCUGGCGGAGCGUCCCCGUUUGGAGUCGCGCAACCCUCGAUACGGACGCUCCAGGGGCUAUAAACCACCGACUAUGGCUCGUGCAGUGGCAGUCGUCACCGAGGGGAAGCAGAGUUCAAACCCUUCCCUCAUUCUGACGCGCCGUCCCGGCACUGCGGCGUUCGAUCGCCGCCACGCAAACAUUAGGAUGUCGGCGUCUGCCCCCGCUAUGCACCGCCCCCUUUUGAGACCGUUCUCUUGCCCUCGGCCUAUGUCAGGGUCUGGGGACGGACGGGUGCCUCGGUUG